UCUCUCUCUCUCUCUCUCUCUCUCUCAGGAGCACUGUGAGGAGGAGGAGAGCAUUUUUUGAACCACAUGUUGCUGUGCUUGAUGUGAAGUGCUGCAGCAGCCUUCUUUUUCUCUUGCAAGCUGGCUUGAUUCUGCCCCCCCCACCUGUAGCAACAGUCCUCUUCCUCGCUGCUCGCGGAACGCAAACACAAAGCUGACAGAGCGUGGUCGGCGAGGAGGAAAGAUCUCUUUCAUCAUAAGUGGACUUGUGAGUCAGAGAGCUCCUCAGUGCAGGCUCGUUGACACAGAUGAAAGUGCCAUGCCGGGACUCAUCAACAAGGAGAAUCGUAGUGCUCUGCCUCUCAGUGUCUCUGACAUCACUUCCUGUGUCAGGGGCUACACUCAGGCCAUGACCGCUUCCAUGACAUAUGAAAAUAUUGAGGAUCAUGCCAUUGAAGGUAUCUUCAUCUAUCCACUGGAGGAAAAAAACAUUGUCGUGGGCUUUGAGGCAAUGAUCUCCAGUCAGAUUAUCACGCUGCAAAUCAAGGACAAAGCCAAGAUUGAUGACUGUUACCACAAUUCAUGCAGCACACCAAAUGGUGCUCCGCCGAGUGGCGUCGGACACAUACUUCUGGAUGAGGAUUUGGAGAGGACAGUGCUAGUAGUAAACCUGGGGAUCAUUCCUCCUUUGGAGACAGUCCAUAUUCUGGUCAGUACCUCCUGCGAGUUGUCCAGUCUUCCCAGCGGCGGCAUCAGUGUGACCACACCGCCAGCGUGCACGCCCCGCGUACAAAGGAGCAUCAACGAAGAACAGGGCUUAUCCCCAAACUUCUCCAGAAUGAGGGAUAAAUCCCAAUGUGGCUCCAGCGCACACGAUCGUGCUCCCACCCCAGCUCAUUUUUGCUUGUUGGAUCUAUUGGAGGAUGAGGCCAUCAACUCUAUGGACUAUCAGUUCAACUUCCAGCUGGAGAUACGAGCCCCCUACCUCCUCGCAGGUGUGGAGAGCCCGUCUCACGCCAUCCGAGCCGAUGCUGACCCUUUGGCCCGUUCAGCCACCAGUGUGGUCAUCACUCUGGCGGACAAGUACACUUAUGACUGUCCUGUUAAAAUCCUCAUCUACCCUAGCGAACCUCACGUGCCUCAAGUGCUCAUUGAGAGCGGCGACAUGACGCAGGAUGAAUAUGAUGAGUUCAUCCAUGGCCGCAGCGACUUCAUCAAGGCCACAAAGAAGGACUCUAGCAACGAGAGGAAGGUGGAGGCCAUCCACAGGCGUCUGCAUAAGGACAUCCUCCACAACCCUGUGGUCAUGCUCAACUUCUGUCCCAACCUCAAGCCUGUCAACUCCGACUUAAGGAAGGUGCACGGAGAGUUCAUCUUCCUCAUUGAUCGCAGCGGCAGCAUGAGCGGUGUCAACAUCACCCGCGUGAAGGAUGCAUUGGUGGUCAUUCUCAAGAGUCUCAUCCCAGGCUGCCUCUUCAACUUAAUAAGCUUUGGCUCCACCUUCAAAUCUCUUUUUUCCAGUAGUCAGAACUACGAAGAGGAAGCCCUAGCCCUGGCUUGCGAGUACGUUCGUAAGAUCCGAGCUGACAUGGGGGGUACAAACAUCCUGGCGCCCCUCAGAUGGAUUCUGAGACAGCCGAUGUUUCCUGGACACCCCCGUUUGCUUUUUCUCCUGACCGACGGUGCGGUGGGCAACACUGGCCAAGUCAUCGAGCUGGUGCGCAGUCAUGCGCGCUACAUCAGAUGCUUUACGUUCGGCAUCGGGCAGAAUGCUUGCAGAAGACUGGUGCGUGAACUUGCAGCAGUGUCCAGAGGAACAGCUGAGUUCCUCGCUGAAGGCGAGAGGCUCCAACCAAGGAUGAUAAAGACUCUGAAGAAGACCAUGUGUCCGGUCCUCAGUGACAUUUCCAUUGAUUGGCUCUUUCCUGAGACCAAGGAGGUACUCCUUUCACCAGUGGGCAACACCUUCCUGUAUCCUGGGGACAGUCUCAUUGGGUACGCCGUGGUUUGCGAUGCCACCCGAUACCACACCAACCCCAAACCUGACAAAAGACGACGAUAUAGCAUGAUGCGCUCCGUUGGCUCUGGCGGCUCCGUCUUUUACCACUCACAAGAGGAGGACCCGCUGAAGACCUCUGCUGAUGAUCAGGCAUCUUGCAGAGAAACACCCAGCGAGGUUCUCCAUGAUGACUCCAACCAGGAAUCCAUGAUGAAUGCCGCCGUGGAAAAUGACUGUUCGUUGGAGGGUCAGACGUCAGCACGAAGGCGAGCGUACAGCACCAACCAGAUAACCGAGCACGUUCCAGCUAAGAAGUACACAUCCAGUGAUCCCAGUUCCGUCAUGCCAAAGAAUCCUCUUAGGCGAGCUAAAGUCCAGGAGCUGAUUGGACACAUGAAUCCGGAACAUGAGGCCCAGUGGAAGAGAGACUACCAGCCACAGCUGAUUAGUCUUUGUGCCGCAUCUUCGAGAGAACAUCCAGCAGGCGUUCCCCUUCCACUCCAUCAUCACCCGUCAGGUGAAGCGGGUUCGGAAAUGCCGACAUCGGCUCCGGUCCGGAACACUGCUGGAGAGGAUGGUUCUAGAUCGUCGACAGAUAGCCCAUCUUCAGGAAGUGCGGGAGAUGCAGACGGAUACAGCCACCAGCUGUGUCAGGCUGAAACGCCACAGGAGAACCGCAUCGCAGACGUGGGCUCGGCGGGCCAGCAGAGAGGGGAGUGCAAGGCCGUGGUGUCAGGUCUGCUCUGCGGAAAGCCUGUCCAGUGGGAGGUGCUCUUUGACGUCGAGCCCUUCCUGAAGGGGCGGGAACGCGAGGAGAAGGUUCACGAGGAGCUGUGGAACGAGACCUUCCACCAUCUGGCCGCACGCUCUAUCAUACAGGACUUUGAGCACAUGGCAGAGAGGGAAUGCGACAUUGAGCACGGCUCUGGCAGGAGGUACCACGUUUACGCCAUUCACACCAGCAAAGCGUGCAACAUACUGAGCAAAUACACUGUGUUUGUUCCCGUCGAUCUGGACACAAAUGAAUAUCUGCAGACAUGUAUUGAAUAUAUCAAACUUGGUGACUGUUUAAAAAGAAGCUCACGCUCCAGUUCAGGAAGCAGGAAGAGUCAAGCUUACUCCGUUGGCCUGGGCCGCUCUCAGUCUGGUGGUGUGUCGGAAGAAACUGAAGACAUGUCUAACAGCUUAGGAGACGGCAUUUCUCCCUGCAGCACUCCGUCCUCAUCCAGCUGGGAGAAAUAUAACUUCACAGAAGGGACUCAAAGGAGUCCAUCAGUGACAUCGGACCAGUCUCAGAAGUCUUUGGAGAGUCUUUUUUCUGCCAGGUUAGCGCUAAGCAGGACUCGUCUCCUGACAAAGGCCGCCAAAGGAUUCAUGAGCCGAUCCCAUAGCAAGUCCGGUGAUUCCAUGGGAGAGAGUGACAACGAGAACAAGGACUACAUUCCUCUGGUGUUGCUGCAGCUGGCGUGCGGCGCUUUCCCACUCGACCCCGCCCUGUGCGACACCAUCAACGUGCCCAUGGACAAGCUCAAGUGGACAUCGCCCUUUAGCAGCCACCGCACCAGCCUUGGACACCUGUCCCACUCGGGCAGCCGGCGCGCAGAGAGCGCCGAAGGAGAUUCAGGAUCAUGCGACCAACAAACGGGUUUGAAAGAUCCUCUCCCGUCCGCCAGAUACCAGGAAGACAACGAACCGGGCGCUCCGGUGACAAGCUCACCUAGCGGUGCCCAAAGGAGGAUGCUGGACCCGGAGAGCCUGGUGUGGGCAACGGCAGUAGCCCUGGCUUGGCUGGAGCACAGCUCUGCUAGCUACUUCAUAGAGUGGGAGCUGGUGGCCGCAAAGGCUAGCAUAUGGCUCAGCGGCCAGGACAUCCCGGAGGGCCGAGAUGUGGCAUCGGUCAAGGCGGCGGCCAACCAGCUCUUCAUCAUCCUCAGACACUGGGAUGACAACCUGCAGCUGAACAUGCUUUGUUAUCACCCCAACAGUGUGUGAUGCGACUGCACCUGCCUAUGCUUGUCUCUCUGAGGUCCGUCAGUGUUGUGAGCCAUGUGCAUGCACUUUUUUCUGUGUGUGUGUGUGUGCGUGUGCGUGUGUGUGUGCGUGCGUGCAUCUUACAAACAUAUCAGAGUCAGAACGUUUACAUGCAGUCUUGCUCCACUGAGACAUUUAUUUAAAGUGCUUGCAGAUGAAAAAGUACACAUGCAGAAUGUGCAGAACAAAACGAGUGUAGGCUACCAUCGAUAGCACUUUGCCUCCUUAUCGUACCCUACUCGAGACGUGAACCUCUUGUUGACCUACUAUGCCACAGACGACCCAAGAAUCUCUUGACUCCUACAAAUAAUUAUUUUGUUGUACACAUCUGCUGCAAACAUGAACCACAUUUACAGUAUAUUUAAAAGUUUGAACGACAUUUCACUGCUGAUGCAGUGGUACAAUUGCUUGAAUGCAGUGCAGGCAGUGUGAGUUCAGUUCCCACUUAGAGAUGGUAUGAAUGUGAAUCAGGAUUUUUUUUUCAUCUCUAUAUGUGCCCCAUGACUGACUGGUGACCAGUAAAGGGUGCAGUCAGUCUUUUGCGUGGAGUCAGCUGGACAAAAAAAAAAAAAUCAAUUUGCGCAGACGUGCAAAAAAAACAACAAAAAAACAAAAACAAACACAACCUGUAAUAUGCAUGUCAUACCAUUAGGUGGGGACAUCCCUAUGAGAAGAAACAACAUGCAUGCCCUCCAAUCACUUGUUCUCUUUUGUCGUGUGGAAGUAACGCGAGUCACCUAUACAUGUUAGCGAUGUAGUAAACGUGCCCUUGGAUGGACGUGUAAACACAACAACAGCGCUGUGGUUGACUAUUGUUGUCUUGCCUGUAAACUACGUCAGCAUGAACACUUGUAGAUGUGCAUGUUUCCAUCCCACAUCUGAAGGAUCUAAAGCACUACACUACCAAAUAAUCUGUCUUCAGAUGAAAAAAAAAAGUAUUACUGUCCUGUGUUUUAGAAUUUGAUGAUCAACAAUGAUCAACAAUGUCUUCUAUUUUUUUUAAUGAGAGAAGUACAUUUUUUAGAUGAAUUUUUUUUGCACCAACUCCGAAUAUGGCCUUGUUUUUUCACUCCCACAUUAGGCUUUCAUAAAAAUAGAAUAACAAUAAUCUAAUAUGGAAUAUAUUUGAUAAUAAUUAUGAAUUAAGGGUAAAGUUCAGCAACAGGUACAUUUUCUUCCUGAAACGUCAAAGCUAUAAAUUACAAUGCAUGUUAAAAUCCAUAUUGCACAUGCUUUAAUCGGUCAAACUUAAAAACCAAAACAUUAGAUGUCAAUAAUCUGAUGUGCUAGAAAAAAAGGAAAUACAUUUUUGAAACCAGAAUUAAAAAAAACAAAAAAACAUUUAGGGUCGCAUGAAGCCCUCUGUGAUUAAAAUCAGUGUAAUUUUACAAGUGCAUUCUUUUUUUUGGUACAAUUUCAGUCAUGCCUCCGUGUAGCUUAAAAGGUGUGUUCCAAAAGUUCAUGAACACCAUGUAAACAUAUUGAAGGAGCGUCUUCUUUGUUGAGCAGUGUUAUGUUUGUAACCUAACCAAGAAAUAUGAUCGACUGUAAAUGUUUACAAUUAUUCAUGUAGCAAAACAAGCCAAGGCAAAGAACAAACUUCAACGUUAGUAGCCAUUUUUACUCAAAAGAAAAACAAAAAGCAUCAACAGUGUGAAAAACUCAAUUGGACUGUUUUUGUUAAUAAUUUUUUAAAAAAAUUGAACUGUUAAUCUAUAUUGUAGUAGAAUAGCACUACAUAGAAAUCUGGGACCUACUGCGUCCCGGAAAACGAAAAUGAGCCUUAAUAUGUUUUAAGGCCCCCACAACAAUGCCACAAAGGAACUAACUUACUAAAUAUAUCUUGAACAAACUGACAGAUCACGCAUGACCUGAAGCAUAAUGUUCUUGACGUUUACAAGUGAAUUAUUCAUUAUAAUAUCUAUAUUGUUUGCAACAAAAUAUCCAUAUGACCAGAAAAA